CGACUACAUUCGAAAUCAUUUGUGGCGCAAGAGUUGUGCUCGAACUCGAAAAGAUCAUACAUCUCUGAAACAUUCCUUUAUUCAUAAGGCUCACCCACAGCAUGCCGUUGGUCAAGCUUGCUGCCAAGGUCCAUCUGCUCGUGUUGCCGCUGCUACCCGCUGCUGCGAUCAGUGUGGUCAGGGAAGCAUCUGGAGGAACAUCGGUAGGACAUGCGGAGGGGCAGUCCAAGCUGGGUUCGACGAUCACUUUCUCUGAGAAGGAUGCGGCCAACUUUGGAACCGCCCUGGGUGUUAUGAAUAAGGCGGGCGUUACCCGAUAUCAGGACCACAUGGUCAAACAGGUCAAGAGAAGCGAUGGCAAGUUCUUCUGGGCCGACUCCGCCAAUCGCGACGAAAAUGCUUAUGUUGGUGCGAAGGACUUGACCGAAAGCGUGUCGUGGGGUUGGCACCAUCCAGCUGGAGUCUACAGCACCAUCCCGGUCGGCAGCCCCCUGUUCGACGACGAGAUGAACAUCUACGUCGGUGCCGACGAUGCCAUCCGGAAGUUCGAUGCCAACGGCGUCAUCAAGUGGGCCUACGCCCCCCGAGGUCAGCUCGCGGCGGCACCCUCUCUGUGCAACGCCAGCGCCAGGCGCCUGGUGGCCCCAGUACUGGACGAGGAAGCGCUGGUGCGGCCGGACUGGGACCACGGCAGCCAGUCCUCCCAGGGCUUCCAGGUCGGCGACCUCGUCAAGGUCAAGGUGGGCGCGAGCUUUUGGGCGGACGGCAAGGAGCUCUUCAGGGCCGGCGACGAGGGGAUGAUCACUGGCGACGAGAACGGCAAGGUCGUGAUCCAGUGGACGCGCACAAAGAAGAAGAGCGUGGUGCAGCUCCACUCCAUGCAGGAGCGCUUCACGCGCGUGGAGCAGAAGAAGGUGGACGUCACGUUAUCAAGCAUGCUGAUAGGGAGUACCACCUCAGGCUACGUUUUCGCGAUCGACCUCGCAAGCGGAGAUGAAUUGUGGGCAACCUGGGUCUCGAACGAGAUCUCUGGCGUCAAGGGGUCUGUGGGUUGUAAGGGCGGAAUCGUAGUGGUCGCAGCCGAGCGCUGCACUGAUCGGUACUGCUACAGGUACCGCAACCAGACGAAUCCACUCACGCCUGGUAAUGCAGUUGUGCAUGGCCUGAGCGCCGUAGAUGGCAGCUCCGUCUGGACGUACAAGACCUUUCAGCCUAUGUGGAACAUGGUCCCACUGUGGGGUCCAGGCACCAGUGUGAUGUUCCAGGAUUGGGAAGGCAGGAUAUACAGCCUGGACUAUCUGACUGGAGCCCAAAUAUUCAAGGUCGGCGGCGACAUCGGGACGCACACCAAUGCUAACGCCGUAUACGACCCAGGCCAUAACGUCGUCGUGGCCCUCGGCGUGAAGCACUACGAGAAUGGCCGUUGCAAUCCUUAUCCAGCACCCGGGAUCCUUCCUUCAUGCUGGACGUGGCCGGGCACACCAGGCUUCAUCCGCGGCUACAACGCCACGUCCGGCAGGGUCCUCUGGGAGAGGGAUACUCCGGAGCCACCGGCCAGCGGGUCCGUCGGCAAGCUCAACAGCCCUUCGAUGCACACCCGAUUGAUUGUCACCUUGGGCCAUAACUGCUACCUCGGCUCCCCCUCCAAGCUGUGGGCGCUCGACCCGAACACUGGCGACCUUCGCUGGUCGAAGGAGGGCCCGACGCUGUGGACGGGGUUCUGUGCUGGCGACAAGGAGGGUGCCGACAUCCGCCGUGCCAUGGGCGGCAGGGAGAAGUGCUCGCCGAACAGCUGGUCCAUUCCAGUGAUUGAUGCGGCGGGGGACCUAUAUAUCGGCAACCAUGUCGGCGCGCUGUACAAGUACGGCCAGUCGAACGGCAACCAAGUCCAGCUGCUUUCGACCCUGAACACCGGCGUGGCGACCCAGGACGCGGCCAUCGCGAUCGGCGACGGCGUUAUGGCUGUGACCACAUGCACCUCACUCAUUGUCUUCCAGACCUAUUCAGCGUGGUUCUCAAACGCGACCUGGUCAGUUUCCCACAGCGACUACUCACCGAUUCAGAAUAUGGUCCAUGGCGAAGACAUUUCGCACACCAUCUCAGAAGAAGUUCACGAUGAUCCUACACUUACGCCGAAAGUUGACUCGGACGAUAUCUGGUCGAACGAUGAGCCCGUCUACGACCCGAAUAUUGACGGACAUACCUACAACCGCCGGCAGGCUAAAGCACAUACCGUCAGCAAGUAAAUCGGGCCGCAUUUGGGGCUCCUUCAUUUUGAACUGGCCAUGCAUGAAUUGUGUGCCUCUGUCCUUCUCGGACGCUCGUUGUCAUUUCUUCGUCUCCAGUCUUCGCUGCUGCGCUGAACGUGCGAAGGCUUCUUUCUAGCUGUUUGGCCGAAACUGUCGCACAGCCGGUUCAAUCGUGAAGGAUCGUCGGGCGAGAGACCCCAACCAAUGCCGAUCAGACAUUGAGCAGGGCUGUGAUAAUCUAAUCACAGGCAGGCCUCUGCGCCGGCCACGUUCCUGCUGCUGACUACUACUUUCGUCUCAGCGCUGGCCACUCCCUGAGAUGUCUCGCAGUUGGCUGCACCUGGCUUUUUCUGCUCUUCCCCAGUGGCUCUCGACCUAGCGCUGGCCACACUCGCAUUUCGGGCUGCUGGUCUUGCCUCACAGCCGCCCUUACUCCUAGCCUGGAGAGGUGCUCUCGCCUCACCCGUGGAUGCUUCCUGCAAGGGGUGGCUCGGUGGGCUGUAACCGUGCCCGUUUCUCUGCCCCUCGGUGGCUCUCGGCUGCGCGCUGGCCGUACUCCCUACCGGAGAACGAAGGCUUCGCAUCAGCGCCAGCCGCAGUCCUGGCUCGGAAGCGUGCCCUCCGAAUGGUGGCUGCAUUUGGCAUUUGGGCUCGAUCUUCUGUCCCCGGCGGUAAUCGCUUUAGCGCUAAUUCCACCCGCGAUACGAUAUGGAGGUCUGGUGCUUUUGUCUUCUACUCCUGGCUAGCCCCUGAGUGGUCGCGCCGUGAGCUAUUCGGUUUGUACAUGUAGACCUCGUCGCCCGCUGUGCUCCAUGCCCGCCCCUCUACAAUUUACGGUUUAUGAAUGAUGCUCUCCUCUCUUGCCUGGUGGGAUUUCCUUUGGUAUUCUACUCACGCUCGGCGCAGUGCAGCAUUCUUGGAGAAAUUGCCACGAAGCUUUUGCCUUGUGUAGGGCGCGUGACAAAUGUCGCUCCUGUCUGAUGAACCUACGCGCGCCAUGAACAAAUCCUCUUUCUCCUCCGCUCUCUGCCACCCCUCCCGGCUCACCGCUGGCGAGGCGUCUUUGGGCGUUUCUGCGGGGAUCCCGAGUCUCGCGCCCCGCCCAGCCCCCUGAGCCGCUUUGCCUGUCCGAUCCAGUCCAAUCCUGGCUCGCCGUCGCGUCGAUUGGCUCCUCCCCUUGGCGAGAGGAAUCAAAGGACGGCGCAUGUGGCGCCUGGCCUGUCACUUGCAUCGUGUGCGGUACCCGAAGGUUGAUCC